GAAUCCGACCGGUAGAGACGGAAAAGACUCGAAUUGGAUUUGGCAAGGGAGAUAAGGGAUAUCAAAAAAAAAAAAGAAAAAGAAAAAGAAGAAAAAGAAAAUAUAAUCAAGAUGGAGUACCUGACAAAAGAGCCCGAGAACCUCAAUGCCGUUCAGCGGUUCGGCCGCUGGCUUCGGUUGAAGCAGUACCAGAUUGAGGUCACGUUCGGUGUCUACAUGUUUACGUCGGCCGAGAGAUUUAUAUUUUGGUCUGUCGUAUUCCUCUUGUGCAGUCUAUUGACCAUCGCCGUCGUACUCUACCUUCCCCAGCAUCUUCUCUUCAUCAUCAGCCGCGCCUGGUUCUACGUCAACGGCGGCGACAGCGGGGUUGCAUCCAAUGUAGUCGCAGGCAAUAAGGACGCACUAUCACUAGCAACUUCAUCUAUGGCGAAGACUAUGGCGGCAGCGGCUACUGAGACGGCCGAAUAUAUGAACCGGGAGCUAUGAUGCUUGGAGAACCCCCUGACUGUGGAGGAUCUAAAGAUACACGGACGAAGCCUCGGGCAUAUUUCUCUUGUGCGAACCAGCAGACGACGAAUGAUAUAAUAAUGGUAAUCAGUGGUGCUUGUAUAUGGUGCAGCCCGGUCUACGAGUGAUGGGAUGAGGCGUUAAUGUGCUU